AUGAAAUCAGACGAAGAGCUGGAAGUUCUGGUAAACCAGCUUACCAUAGAUAGUACCAUCGGGCUAGAUGACUGGCCAGAUGUGCUGCAGUUUAUGCUUAAGCGAUUAGAAUGGAUCGCAUAUAAUUCCUUCCCACUACCUAAACCCCCACCACUGCUGGGGCCUAAACCGCCCGUCAGCAUCUCUCGCGAAUCCACGACCAUAAUCCAGUCCUCGGAGGAAGAGCAAACACCUAAUUCAUCGGAACUAGCUGGUGAAAACCGCGAGUCGUCGUCUACUCCGACAGCAGCACCGACGGUUGACGUCGAGGCUACGCAGACCCAGCAGGAUCCGACAGCCCAAGUCCCAGCUUCGUCACAACCACAUGACCCUCCUUCUGUCUCAUCUACACAAUCCACCACUAUACCUGCUACCCAAUUCCCCUCCGACACUGUCAAUUCGAAUAAUACGGAGAAAUUCCUCCCACCGACACUUCUUUCGUCACUUAACUCUCUGGUCACUCUUCUAAAUAAUACGUUCCCUACUGCUCCUCCACAUACAGUUCAACGUUUCGCCGAACUCAUCUCAAAACCAAAUAAACACUAUCGCUCUCUCGCCAAGUUUCUACGAGCAUGUCACCGUGUCGUGUCUGUCACUUCGGGAGCUGAUAAGUUCCCGUUACCGAUCAGCCAUGACGGACAAUCUUCGUCAAAUGCUAUACCAAUUGGGUCGGGAUUAGUCAAUGAUGAUGACGGCGCCACAGGUGCAACUUUGACACCGAUACCAUGGGCUAGUGCUAGGGAAUAUGUUGCCAACAACGGGGUAGAUGCAGCAGGAAGCCCGGUUAGUGACGAAGGUGUCGCUGCGUUAGUGGCUGAUGAAGGUGGGAAUGGAAUAUCACAGGGAGAGUUAUUGAGGAAGGAGCAAGAGGCUGAUGUUGUGAUAACAGAAGGGACAAGUGAAGAUGGGCCGAUGGUUGGAGGCCCGCCGGAAUUGGAUGCUGCCGAUGUGGGGCCCCAGCCUGAAGGGACGGUGUUUGGAGAAGCACCGAAGGAUGGAGAUGGAGAUAAGGAAGUGGAUAAGAUGGAUGUGGACGAAAAAGUCGAGGAGAAGGGCGAAUAG